UUAUUUUCAAGACCAAAAUGGUGCAAACGGCAAACCUUCAAGUCUUUCGUUGAAUGUUGAAACUUUACAUUCACGGCACAUAAUUAAUGAAGAAACCAUCGAGGUAGAUCUUAAAGGCAGGCGAGGAUGGCGGAGGUGUCUUGGCGCCCCGUGAGCGUGGACGUGGGCUGGGGGACGCUGCGAGGCAAGAUCUGCACAGUGGGCGGGGGAGACACGCCCUCGCUGAGGGUGGUGGGCGUCCACGGGUGGCUGGACAAUGCCAACUCGUUCGACACGCUGGUGCCUCUUCUGCCGGCGGGCGUGGAGGUGCUGGCCCUCGACCUCCCCGGGCACGGCCUGUCGGACCACCUGCCCCUCGGCACGCACUACAACCCCUUCACGUACGCCUUCAACCUGCGGGCGGCCGUGACGGGGCUGGGCUGGACCCGGUUCGUGGUGAUGGGCCACAGCAUGGGCGCCGCCGUGGUCAACUACUUUACGGCUCUGUUCCCCGAGUUCGUGGAGGGCGUGGUCAACGUGGACUUCCUGCGGCCGUUCCACCUGAUGGAGCCCGUCGACCGCUGGCGCACCUACGCCUUCGACCUGUUCAAGUACGAGCAGUUCGAGCCGGGCGCGGGCACCGUGUACUCGGAGGCGGAGGCCAUCGACCGCCUCGUGGCCGCCAGGAUCAUCGGCAACGACGACGAGGUCAACGUGGACCGCGAGGCCGCGCAGACGCUGCUGCCUCGCUCCGCGCGCCGCGUGGAGGGCGGCUACGUGUGGGGCCACGACCCGAAGGCGCGCGCCACCUUCCUCACCGUCUUCGGCGGCCGCAACUGGAUCGAGGCCAUCGCCACCAUCAGGUGCCCCGUCCUGGCGGUGGUGGCCACCAGGGGCGUGUGCACCAUGCCCGAGCGCUUCUACGCCCGCGUGCUGGAGACGUACAGCGCGAAUGCGGCGUGGUUCUCACGCGAGGUGGUGGAGGGCGCGCACCACGUGCACCUCACGCACCCGGAGCGCGUGGCGCCCGCCGUCGUGCGCUUCCUGGGCGAGCUUCAGGGGCGCAGAGGGCGCGCCGCCAGGGCCAGGCUUUGACUCGCGCGGCCUGUGCGGCGGGGGGCCGGGCGGGGGAUGGCAGCAAGAGUCAUGCGAUGUAUAUAUGUUCCUUUUUACAUUAGAAUCGCACGGAUUAUAGCUGUUAGCUAAAACUAUAAUUUUAUUAAAGGAUAUUGAUAAGAAAUUU